AUGAAGCGAGUUGAUACAAAUCCUGAAGGUCAACAGUGUUUCGAAGAAGAGAGCCUCGAGGUGGCAGCCAACGGCCUGGGAGAAAUAUGCCCGAGCCCUGAUCAUCAACCAAACCCGACCACAUUUGACAAGGGAGAACCAGUUGGAGGGGUAGAAUCCAUACCCCUGACACCUGGAGAUAGAGCAGUCGACGGCUUGGGAGAGAUAUGUUCGAGCCCUGAUCAGCUACCAAGUCCAACCAUCUUCGAUAGGGGAGAGCCGACGAAAGAGGUGGAAUCCAUCCCCUUGACAUCCGAUGAUCGUCGUGUCAACAUUGGAACCAGGUUGGGGAAUAAGAAGAGAGCGAGCCUUAUAAGUUUCCUUAGAAGCAACACUGAUGUAUUCGCAUGGUCACAUGAGGAUAUGCCCGGAAUCAAUCGAGGAAUCAUGGUCCACCAACUUAACGUCAACGAGGGUUGUAAACCAGUAAAGCAGAAGCAUCGCGCUUUCAACCCGGAAAGAAACGAAAUCCUGGCUGAACAGGUGGAGGAACUACUAAAAGCGGGUUUUAUUCGAGAGGUCCAUUACCCCCAAUGGAUAUCUAACGUGGUCCUGAAGCCAAAUGGCAAAUGGCGAAUGUGCAUCGACUUUACGAACCUAAACAAAGCUUGCCCAAAGGAUUCUUUUCCUUUACGUCGUAUAGAUCAACUAGCCGACGCCACCACUGGACAUGAAAGAUUGAGUUUCAUGGAUGCCUACUUCGGAAAUAUAGAGGUCUACGUAGAUGAUAUGUUAGUAAAAAGUCGGAAAAGCAAUCAACACGAAGCAGAUCUGGCAGAGACAUUUGUGGUUUUGAGGAAAUACAAGAUGAAGCUGAAUCCCAGCAAGUGCACGUUUGGGGUGACCUCAGGGAAAUUCCUUGGAUUCUUGGUACAUCAACGAGGAAUUGAAGCCAACCCAGAGAAAAUCAAAGAUGUGUUGCUAAUGAGUCCCCCUAUAAAUUUAAAGCAACUGCAAGGGCUUAACGGAAGGAUAGUGGCACUCAACAGCCGUAUUCGGCCCCGCGAUAAGUUUGGCAUUGAUAAAGGAGGAAAACAGGCACAAUCUUCAAUCUACUACACCAGCAAAGCAAUGGUUGGGGGAGAAGUAAGAUACCAUCAAAUGGAAAAGCUGACAUUGGCAUUAGUUACCUCGGCUCGGAGACUACGCCCAUAUUCCCAAGCCCACAGGAUAACCGUCCUCACCAACUUCCCUCUACGGCAGAUUUUGCAAAGGCCCGAGACUUCUGACCGACUGGUAAAAUGGGCUGUGGAGCUCAGCGAAUACGACAUCCACUACAAUCCGAGAACUGCAAUGAAGGGGCAAGUCGUAACGGACUUCAUAGCAGAAUUAACACCGAUAGAACAUCAAGUAUGUAGCAUCGUUCCACAUGCCGAUGAAGCAAAGCGGCCCUGGACCUUGUACGUGGAUGAGUCCUCAAACUUUAGAGGCUGCAGGGCGGGACUUUUGUUAGUUUCCUCAGAUAGGGAGAGGUUCGAAUAUAUGUUGCGAUUUAGUUUCCACGCCUCCAACAACGACGUUGAGUAUGAAGCUCCACUAGCGGGAUUGAGAGUAGCCAGGUAUAUCGGAGUCACAAACAUAUUAAUACUUAGUGAUUCACUGUUGAUUAUUCUGCGUACCCAGAAUGUCAAUGCAUUUACAUUAUCACGGCUGGCGGCAGCCUAUGAAACCAACCUAGGAAGAACUGUACCAGUAGAAAAUUUACCCGAACUGAGCAUAGAGGUCCAAGAGGCAAUGGAUAUAGGCGAACCAACCCGAGAAGAACUGGAUGAACCCUUUGAUCGAGUAUUUAAGGGAUGA